GUGCGUUGGAAGAAAGAAAUAGGCGACAGAAGAAGGGGGGGAAGGGUGUGAGCACUGAGCACUGAGCACUGAGCAGAGAAAACGUAGAGGCGAAGGCAUGUCUGGUGGGAGCAGGAGCAGGAGCAGGGUUGAGCUGGUGCUCAAGAACAGAUUCCUGAGAUACUUAAUAUGGCAAUCCAUCCCUUCCUCACUAAUCUUCAUCACUCUUCUCUCUCUCUCCUCACCUCACUACCCUCUCUGCUCCUUCCUCCUCUUCCUCUCCUCCAACCUCCUCUUCUCCCUCACCCUCUCCUCCAUCGCCACCCCCCACCCCCCCCGCCUCCCCCUCUCCCUCUCCCUCUCCCUCUCCCUCCUCUUCGCCGCCGCCGCCGCCUCCUCCUCCGCCCUCUCCCUCGCCUCCCUCGCCCGCGCCUCCCCUCACUCUGCUCGAUUAGGGUUUAGGGGUUUCCUCCUCGGCUCCCUCUUCUCUCUGCACUACCUCUUCAACCGCCGAUGCCUUCUCCAUUUCCCCAUCAUCCAGCGUCCUCCCUUUUUCAGCUUCAAGAUGGGGCUUCCUUCCGCUGCCAGACGCGCUCUCAAGCUUUCCGUCGUUGCUUUCGUUUCUUCCGGGAUUUUCUUGGAGCUUCUGCCGCAUCCCUUUAAGUACAGCGUUGCCACCACGAGAUUCUUCGCCGACCAGAUUACCUCCUUUGCUGCUUCUUUUGCUAUCUUCCUCUCUUGGGAACUGACUCAUCAUUUGCAUUGGGUUUUGCAUACUAAGAGGUCCAUAUUUGCACCCCCAAAAGGAUCAGCAGCUGCAGAAACAAAUCCAAGUGAGCAUCUCCUUUCCGCUUUGGAGGAGAGCAAUCCUACAUCUCUUCUUCGGUAUCUUGCAUAUCUUGAUCUCAGUAUGGUUUGUGAGAACAAUGUUGACAAUUGGCGGCGUGCGGGGUUUUUUGAAGAAACUGGUGAGACUUACAAAAGAGUAGUUGCUGUGUGCUUGAGGCCAUUGGAGCAUCUUGCCACAAAAUUAAGUGAAGGCUCAGGAAACACUGUUGACAAAGCCACACAAUUGUCAAAUCAGCUGUUGUCCCCAACAGAGGCAAGGCCAGAUGUGAAGUACGUUGAAGAACUGUACAACUUCCAGCUAUAUGCAUGGUGUUCUAGGACUGUUGCCUCACUAACUGCCUGCUCACGCAAAGAAGACAAGUUUGGGGUUGCCCAGCUUUCUGGGAGUAAUGCUGCCGUGGUUUCGACACUGUUAUCCUGCCUUCUUGCUGUUGAAAAUUUCAUGGGCAAGAAAACAAACCUGCAAUCCCCAAAUCAGUUGUUAGGACCCGCUGGUAUCAAAUGGGCAACCGUUAAUAGUGGAAGAGUUGAUGUUGCAGCUGGCAAAAGAAGAAGUGGCCCAGUAAAUUCAAAGGCUUAUGCUAUUGCUGACGUUCUCAAGACUUCAAUCUACCAAAUAGUCUUUGCAUUCCAUGAUGAGAUGUUGGCUGGUGCUAAAGCAAGUCUUCUGGAGAAGGACUGGGUCACAAGUGAGAAACCACUUUUUGGUACUCGUGAAAUGCUUAUACAAAAACUACGUCUUUUCCUUGAUUUUCGAGCUACCUAACGGAUGCAUUGUACCGAGGCUUGAAUGCUACUUGUCUGAAUUAAGCAUUCUUGUAAGACAUUUUACACACAGGAUGUUGUCAAGUGAAGAUAUAGAUGGAAUGGAAGGAAAAAGUUCGGUUUUGAUGUCACAAAUUUGAGAUGGAUAUUAAUGAGAUUUUGUUGAAUAUAUCUGCAUUGGCAGGUAAGCGAUCAUUUGGAUGUGCUUUUUGUUGACAAUUUUCUUAGGGUACUUCAAUUAUAUCGAGUUUGGACUUUGGAUGAGCAAUUUCAGUGAUGCACAAAUUCGUUUUCUAUGUUAGAUUUUUGUGCUCAUAAAAAGUUGUUCAUAUUUUGUACAUUUGCAUGCAGCUACAUACAGAUAUCGGUUUAUUGCCA